AGAAGAAGACGAGCGGGACGCUGUGAGUGACAGACGCGUGAAGCAGAAGCUCUGACACGUUUCUUCAUUUUUAAUUAGAGACAUUUCGGUUUUGGAAUAACAAAUAAGAAAAACCCUGAGACGAGACAUGUCGGCGAAAGCUUUCCGGCGCGUGGACGUGGACGAGUACGACGAGAACAAGUUCGUGGACGAGGAGGACGGAGGAGACAACCAGCUGGGUCCGGACGAGGCGGAGGUGGACUCCCUCAUCAGACAAGGAAACCUCACAGAGGCUCUACUCGCCGUUCUGAAGAACCCACCAAUCAACACCAAGAACCAGAACGUCAAGGAGCGCGCUGAGGGUCUGGUGCUCAAGGUGCUCACUGCCUUCAAGAGCAGUGACAUCGAGAAGGGGGUGCAGUCUCUGGAUAAGAACGGCGUGGACCUGCUGAUGAAAUACAUCUACAAGGGCUUCGAGAGGCCGUCGGAGAACAGCAGCGCCGUCCUGCUGCAGUGGCACGAGAAGGCUCUGGCAGCUGGAGGGGUGGGCAGCAUCGUGCGGGUUCUAACAGCGAGGAAGACGGUCUAACAGAGGAACAGAGGAUCGGUUCACUCCACAUCACCGAUAGAUGCAAGGGGAGCAUGUCACUGUACUGUUCAUGUAAUAAUACACAUGGCAUAGGGAGCUAAAAGGGAAAAACUGCUUUUUAACACAAUGUGACUGAAAAGAAAAACAUCUAAUCUGGUCAAGUUGUGUUAAAAAUGGGUUUUCUUGUUUCUUCCUAUGCAUGAUCACAACCGAGUAAAUCCUCACAGGGUGCUACAGGUAACUUCUCUUAAACUCUGUCCCGUACAAUGUGUGUCAGGUUAUACACCAGUGGUUCCCAACCUGAGGGCUGUGAUAUAAACCUGAGGGCUCACAAAACCAUUAAGAAGGUUGGAAACAGAACAAAAUCUCCCGAUAAACAGAAAUCCUGUAUGUUUUUGAAAAAUCUCUUCUAAUCUAAAUUUUUGGGUGAAUUACUGGCUCAUUUCCUGUAUCAACCUCUAGAAUACUUCAAAUACAACAUGGAAUCACUGCUGUCUUUGUUCCAAGUAGACAAAUGUUCAAGUGACAAGGAUUCACAGGUCGACCUCCUUCGUUAUUACGAUCACAAACCUAAAAGGUUGAGAACCACUGUUAUGAAAACCACCUCCACUCUCAACAUGAGAGCACAACCACAGAGACGAUCUCCUCCCCACUGACCUCCACCCGAACACACCCUCUGUGUGUUCGGGUGGAGUUCAGCUUCUGCUUCGUCUCACUCAGGAAAACCUUCCUUCCUGAUGGAAUAAAAAAAAAAAAACAGUCAGUAAAUCCCCCCCGCUGCGUCUCACUGUUACACUUGAGCGGCGGGGGGUGUCCUGAAAAGCACAGUCAAAGAUGGAGGGUGGUGGAUUUGCUCACAGGGGUCGUCCCUCUCCCCCGGGGAGGGGAGGAGCGGAGGGGAGGGGGAGCUCCGUUGUGAUCCAUCCACCCGGCCGUCCUUUCACACCGCCUGCUGCCCUAGUUAAGGAUUAUUACCCACGAUGCAUCUCCAGCACCACUCUUUAUUAAUCCCACUCCACCGGUCCCUCCAUCCUGUUAAUGUGCGACGCUCUGCCGCGGCUCACAGGAGCUGUUUGCUCUGCUUCCAGGAAAAAUGACUUCACCAUGAGCAAACUCUCUAGGACUGUUUUUACUCUGUUAUUCACCAGAAAGGAUCAUGUAGGAUUAUACAUUUUCAUUUCUGUUUUACAGUAUUUUUAUUUUGCCUUGAGGCCAUAACCCCCACUCAACUGAAAUGAAAUACCAGGUUUAGUGUUAAAAAACAUGGCGUGCUUGCUUUCCAGGAGAGUUGAAGAUAAUAAUAUUAAUAUUUUGGUGUCUUUUUAAAAAGAGAGCGAGUUUGAAUUGAUUUUAAAUUGUUUGCAUGAUUCCGUUUUUGAGACUUUGAGUAUUUUCUCGAGCAUUUCAUACUCGUCUUUUGUACGUUUGCUGUGAUUUUUGUAUCGAAUCUGUUGAGUUUCACGCCGUAGGAUUUUAAUAUGAAAUCCUCCACACACAGUAUUGUCUUGCAGUAGAAAUCAUACUGUUACGAUAUAUAUACUUUAAAUUCCCAUGUAUUUUAUAUAGUCAGGAAAAACUGGAAAGUGUCAUCUGCCUUAUCAGGUGGAUUGUGUCUGUUGCCAAAUGAUGUUACUUUGCUUGAGUUAGAACCAUGUUCAUAUGAAACACAUGAACUCAAAAGCAGUGUGUUACAAUUCAAACAUUUGAUGUUGUGUGAAAAUCCUCAACACAAUAAUUCAGCUAAACAUGUUGUGUUGUUGUCGUGAAAGUUAAUCAUGGAUGUUACUUUAAAAAAAACUCACCAGUGGAUAUUCAGAUAUGAGUCGUCAUGUCUUCAGUGACGAUGCACCGAGACGUUAGAGACGUUUUCUGAUGCAGUAACAGUUUCGUUUUACACCAGAACACAAAGCAGAACUUCUCCUGCUUCAUGUUCUUCUAGGCACAGUUGCUCCUCCAGCCGAGGACGAAGCAAAACACACCGAUGUACAAACUGCCUUACUCAAUAAUGUUAACAAGUCCUUUUUUAUGUUUGUGCUUUUUUGACAAAAAAAUUAAUAAAAGUUAUGAAUGCUGA